AGCUCCUUUCCCCUCACGCCCACGGGGAUCUCCCCCCACCCACCCACCCACCACACAGCCCUGCGUGUCAGGAGGCCCCUGGCUCGUCCCCUCCCCAGCCCACCCUGCUUUGAGGUUCUCUGAGCAGGUGAGGCUGGCGGGUGGCUGCCUGGGAAGGCUGGGCUGGGUGGUCACACAGGGUCCCCUCUCCUGGACAAAGGCCCAGGCGCCACAUGUGCUGGCAUGAGGAACUAGGGGAGGCCCCCGAGAGGCCCGAGAAGAGUGUGUGGAAACCCCAGAAAGUGGGCAGGAGAGCAGCUGCCUUGAGGGAGGGGCAGCUCGGAGUGGGGGGGCCCCCGAUGGUCACGGAGCAGCUGGGCAGCACCCACCUGCCACCCUGCCGGCUGAAGGAGCCAUGCCCCCAGGAAGCGGGGACCUCGGGGAGCCGGCAGGGGGAGCUGGAGCACCCUCCCCGCGGCACCCCAGCACCCCAGCCCCCGCCCCUGGAAUUCCACCUCCCACCACCUCCUACCGCCCUGGGUCAAAGGGCUUCUCCAAAGGAGUCUGGAAGCAGCACAAGAUUCCAGAAAAUUCAGGAGCGGCCUGGAGGGGCCAUGGGUGGGGGAUGGCGGUUGGGGGGAGCAGGGGAUGCUGCCUCCCUCCCUGCCAGGCCACCCAGCACCCAGCGAGCAGGCACCCCAGGGCCAGGGCACCGAAGGGCUUUUCCCAGGAGUCCCGGCUCUGCUCCCGCCCCCAGCAGAAACAGGACCCCGCCCCACCCCAGUGACCAUCACCUGUCACCUGUCACCUCCCUGCAUUUGGAGGCCCCAGAGCCAGAAGACAGAGGCGUUCUGGAAGGUUCCAGAAGCUCCCAGGGGUGCAAAGUGCCUGAGCUCUGAGGCCUUCCUGGCCCUGCGCUGCCAAGGACGUGGCCUCUGCCUUCUUUCCGAAGACGCUCGUGUUGCCCCAGGAGGAGAGUCCUUGCGUCUGACUCAUGGAUCCUGAACCCUCACCCACAGGACGGUUUUUAUCCAGAAAGCUGCCAACUUCAGCCCUUGGACGGAGACUUAACUGCUACCCUACCCCUGGGGAGACAGAGACAGACGCCCUCCCCCGUGUGUCCCGGAGCCUCCCCUCCCCAGAGCCCUGCCCCACUAGGGACAGACAGACACAGGCUGGGGGUGUGGAUCCACCUGCCAACACCCAUGUCCAGCGGAGAAGCAAUGACAGAAGCCAGAACUCCCACCUCCUGCUCCCCAUAAAGAUCCUGGGUCCAGACUCCCAGAGGGAGAGAAAUGUCAGGGGAGGAUGACCAGAGGGCUCUGAACUCCAUUCCGCCAGCACCUGAAGUGUCUGUCCCCAGGACUCUUGUUUUUAUCCCAUCACGAAAAGGAAAGUGAAUGUGGAAAACACUAGAGGAAGGCCAAGCACUGCUUCUCUUAUCAGAGAGAAGAGGAAAGAAAUGAAAGACACUGGGAAGCAGGACCAGUGGAGUGACUCAGAAAGGAAGGGAGGUAAGACCAUAGGAAAAAAUGGGCCAACCACCCCCAGAUGACCGGCUAAAGAAGUGAUGGGAUAGAGAUUCCAUGGAAUACUACUCUGCCAUAAAAAAGGUGCGACUGUUCUUUGGGACAAAAAUGGAUGGAGCUGGAGGUGAUGAUGCUUAGGGAAGUGAGUCAAGAAAUGAGACGCGUGCGCUGUGUGGUUUCACUCCUACCUGAAAUUCAGAUGUCUGAUUUGCACAAACUUGCCCUGUUCCCCCCCAAAAAAAAUCUGAACUAAGCAAAACAGAAGCCAGCAAACUGUCUGUCAGACUUGUGAGGACUCUGGUGCUGAUCUCUGAGAGGUGGGAGAGGGCACAGACUCUGGGGUGGGUGUGGUGUGAACUAGACCCUGUCAUCUUAUAGUCUUGCAGCAAACUAUUCAUAACACAUAACAUCAAAAAAUCAGGGGUCAGGCGGUGGCGCAGCGGCUUAAGCGCAGGUGGCGCAAAGCACAAGGACCGGCGUAAGGAUCCCGGUU